AACAAACAAACCCCCCCAUCGUUUCAAAAAUCCACAGCCUCCGUCUCUGUUCGAAAAUCACCGAUUUCACCAGCUGUUUGGGUGGUUUCUCUUAAUGGGUGAUUCUAUACCAAUUGAGUUUGUUGGUGGGCAAAAUGUUAGUCAAGAUGGUGAUAAUGUUAGCAUAGCAAAUGAGGCCAUCAGGAACUCACACAGUGUUCCUUGUAUUUAUCGACAAGAUGUUGUGAGGAGUAAUAAAAGUGGUGUGAUUGGUAUUGUAAGUGAAGUUGCUGGUGACUCAGAUUCAGAUGACAGCAUAAGUGAUGAUGAAGAUGAUGAAGAUGAAGAUGAUAAUGAGGAAGGUGAAGAUGAAGAAGGUGAUGUAAAUGCAAAUGAUGCUGGUGAUGGGAAUGGAAGUAGCAGUAAUUAUAAGUGUGGUGCUCUUCAAGCUGAUCAGGUUCGAGUGCUUUGGAUGGAUGAUACUGAUCCAGUUCAAUAUACUAAGGAUGUAACUGUUGUUGAUAGGGGAUUCUUGCAUGGGGAUUAUGUUGCUACAGCUUCAGACCCAACUGGACAAGUGGGUGUUUUGGUAGAUGUAAAUAUCUCCGUUGAUCUUUUAGCUCCCAAUGGAUCUAUUAUUAAAGAUGUCUCAAGUAAAGACCUAAAACGUGUUAGGGAUUUCAGUGUGGGUGAUUAUGUGGUCCUUGGUCCCUGGUUGGGUAGAAUUGAUGAUGUUUUAGAUAAUGUUACUGUGAUGUUUGAUGAUGGUUCAGUAUGUAAAGUAAUGAAGGCUGAACCAUUGCGACUCAAACCAAGUCUUAGGAAUACCCUUGAAGAUGAUGGUCACUUUCCUUACUAUCCAGGCCAGCGUGUAAGGGCAAGCUCUUCUUCAGUUUUCAAAAAUUCCAGGUGGCUAUCUGGCCUAUGGAAAGCGAAUCGGUUGGAAGGGACUGUCACUAAAGUUACUGCCGGCGCUGCUUUUAUAUAUUGGAUAGCAUCUGCUGGUUAUGGACCUGAUUCUUCUACUGCCCCAGCAGAAGAGCAGAAUCCAAAGAAUCUAAAACUGUUGUCUUGUUUUGCACAUGCAAAUUGGCAAGUAGGUGACUGGUGUCUCCUUCCAUCUUUGUCACAAUCAUCCUCUACUGGAAUCAACGAGGGUUUAUCAAAAUUAGGACUCAAUGAUUCAGUUCAAAGUAAGAGAGAAAAUUUUCAGUUGGUAGGUGAGUGCAGUGCAGAAGAAGUCACCAUGGAAGAAUCAAGUGAGACUAUUGAAUCAAUGGAUCUUGAUGCAGCAGCUGUACCCGAUGAGAGCAAUGGAACUAAAGCCUUGCUUGAAUCUAGUUCUUGCAGUAGUGCACUGUCAGUUUCCAAAGAGCCAGUUCAUGAACCUUGGCCUCUUCAUCGCAAGAAGAUUCGUAAAGUUGUGAUCAGGAAAGACAAAAGAGCUCGAAAGAAAGAGGAAAUUUUUGAAAGAGCACUUUUGAUUGUCAAUAGUAGAACAAAAGUUGAUGUUGCAUGGCAAGAUGGGACUAUCGAACGCGGACUAGAUGCAACAAAGUUGAUUCCUAUUGAUACUCCUGGUGAUCAUGAAUUUGUUUCCGAACAGUAUGUAGUGGAGAAGGCCUCUGAUGAUGAUGAUGAUAAUGAUUACAAACCCAGACGUGUUGGAGUUAUCAAAAGUGUUAAUGCAAAAGAACGGACAGCUUGUGUGAGGUGGUUAAAACCAGUUGCCAGGGUGGAAGAUCCCCGCGAGUUUGACAAGGAGGAAAUUGUUAGUGUGUAUGAGCUGGAAGGGCAUCCUGACUAUGAUUACUGUUAUGGGGAUGUUGUAGUUAGGUUAUCUCCCGUGUCAGUUCCCUUGCAAUCGGCUUCAAAUGGUGGUUCUAGUGAGGAAUCUGAACAUCAAACUGGGCAAAAUGAGGUUAAACAAGAUGUGAGAAAGUGCUCAGAAAGUGAGAAAGCAGAAGAUUCCUCAGUUAAUAAAGCUUCUAUGGAUUUUGAGGAUCUUUCAUGGGUUGGGAAUAUAACUGGCCUUAGAGAUGGUGAUAUUGAAGUUACAUGGGCUGAUGGGAUGGUCUCAACGGUUGGGCCUCAAGCAAUUUAUGUUGUUGGUCGAGAUGAUGAUGAAUCAAUUGCUGGUGGGAGUGAAGCAAGUGAUGAUGCUGCUAGUUGGGAAACAGUUAGUGAUGAUGAGAUGGAUGCACUUGAGAUUGCUCAAGAGGAACUUGGCUUAGAAAAUGCUAGUGGCAUUAACUCAGAGACAGAUGAGAACCUUGAAAAUAGUUCUGGAAGAAAUCCUGCCUUACCUCUUUCUUUAGCUUCUGCUUUUGGAUUUGUAACAAGACUGGCCAGUGGUUUAUUUUCUGGCCGAAAAAAAAAUGGGGAUACAGUUGAUCUGGAUUCCAAGGGUGAAGAUCUACUUGACUCACAGGAAAUUAUAAAUAUUCCAAAAGGAAAAGAUUCUGGUGAUGAAUCUAGCUCUCAGAAGUCCACUGUUAUUGAUAAUUCUGGUGGGGAAAGUUUCCAUGGUAAAGGAGAGGAACAUGUUGAAGCAAAAGCCCAUGACUUUUCAGUUGCAUCAGAAGGUUCCUGCAACCCAAGGACUGAAGAACUGAAACAUAAAGCAUGUUAUGAGCUUGAUGCUAGCAGUUUCAAACGGUUUGACAUAGCUAAAGAUCCUCUAGACCAUUAUUUUCUUGGUGCGAGUGGACAGAUUAACAAUGGAAGGAAGUGGCUGAAAAAGGUUCAGCAAGAUUGGAACAUCCUCCAGAACAACCUGCCUGAUGGGAUCUAUGUGCGGGCUUAUGAGGAUCGAAUGGAACUCUUAAGGGCAGUAAUUGUUGGGGCAUAUGGGACACCUUACCAAGAUGGUUUAUUCUUCUUUGAUUUUCAUCUUCCUCCAGAGUAUCCAGAUGUUCCACCAUCAGCAUACUAUCACUCUGGUGGUUGGAGGAUAAACCCUAAUUUGUAUGAGGAAGGCAAGGUGUGCCUUAGCCUUCUAAAUACAUGGACUGGCAGAGGAAAUGAAGUGUGGGAUCCAGUGUCUUCUAGCAUCCUUCAAGUCCUAGUUUCACUACAGGGAUUGGUGCUAAACUCUAGGCCAUAUUUCAAUGAAGCAGGGUAUGAUAAGCAGGUUGGGACUGCCGAAGGAGAGAAAAAUUCAUUAUCAUACAAUGAGAAUACUUUCUUACUAAACUGCAAAACAAUGAUGUACCUCAUGCGGAAGCCACCAAAGGACUUUGAAGAACUUGUCAGAGACCAUUUCAGGAGACGUGGAUAUUACAUCCUUAAGGCCUGUGAUGCUUACAUGAAAGGCUACUUAAUUGGCUCUCUCAAUGAAGAUGCCUCUGUAAAUGAUAAGGGCAAUGCAAAUUCAACUUCAGUUGGUUUCAAGCUAAUGUUAAGCAAGAUUGUACCAAAGCUUUUCUUGGCUUUAAGUGAAGUUGGAGCUGACUCUCAUGAAUUUAAGCAUCUGCAGCAGUCAUAGUAUAGGUCUUAAAGACCAACCACACUACAUUGACAUAAAACCAACAAGGUAUGCUGGAUUGCCAUGCUCAAUCUGGAGAUCAGUGAGUUCUUUCCAUCAAAGGAGUCCAUGUUCAGUCAGGAUCUCUUGAACAUCAAAGUCGAGUCAAUUAUCCAGCUUGAAAUCAACCAUUGAAUAACUCAUUUGUUGAUGGCCAAUAUGAAACUUAUAUGGUCAGCUAUAAAAUAUUGAUUUGAUGUUGAAAACAGAAAACAUGUUAGGUCUUGAGUCAUUUUACAUACAAUCAUCAUUCAUUUUCUAUGCUUAAUUUGUACAUAAAAGUUGAUCACCAAA